CACACACACACUUUUUCCGACUCCAGCGGGUCUUUAUAAAGAAGGCGACGCGCAUUUCAAGCGGCGUUAACAAUCGGCAGAGCGACUCGGAACCGGCGAGGAGACACAAGCCGCCUUAAGAGAGAGAGAAGGAGCAGAGGAUGUCCAGAGCUGACUGGUCCUUCCUGGAACACCUGCUGGAGGAGGGCCAAGAGUACUCUACUGCUAUUGGCCGGAUCUGGAUCACAGUACUCUUCCUGUUUCGCAUUCUGGUCCUGGGAACAGCUGCCGAAUCGGCGUGGGAUGACGAGCAAGCUGACUUCGUCUGCAACACGAAGCAGCCCGGUUGCACUUCCGUGUGCUACGACAAAGCCUUCCCCAUAUCCCACUUCCGCUACUUUGUCCUCCAGGUCAUCUUCGUCUCGACUCCCUCCAUCUUCUAUUAUGGAUACGUGGCCAUCAGAGGUGGGAAGGACCCAAAAGCCAAACAGGGCAAAGGAGAAAGUGGGAGUAAAAAAUGUGAAAUUGUGAAAGAAAGGGAGGACGCCAGUGUGGCUAAAGAAACUGCAGAGCAGAAAGAGAAAGAAAACAGUUGUGGGAAAGGGACAGUGCCUAAAAAGGGAUCUACUGAAGCUCCGAAACUGAAAGGGAGGCUUCUGAGGGCAUAUGCGUUCAGCAUCCUCCUCAAGGUCCUCUUGGAGGCAGGAUUUAUCGCUGGACUUUGGUUCCUUUAUGACGGCUUCUUCAUUGCAGCCAAGUUUGAAUGCACGAGAUUCCCGUGUCCUCAUACGGUGGACUGCUUUGUCUCUCGGCCCACGGAAAAGACCAUCUUCACCGUCUACGCUCAGGUGAUAGCCGGCAUCUCCCUUUUGCUCAACCUGAUUGAACUCAUCCACCUAUUGAUCCUAGCCUUCUCCUAUCGCCUAGAGAAGUGGGAUGAGGAUUACCUACCUCUAAGAGAGCAGGUACAAGUGACUCCAGCAAUACGAAUGGAGACGCCCCAAGACUAUAACACCGGCAGGGACAUCAGCAUCCCCGCACAGGGUAGGGAGGCAAAGUUACCGGGCAACCCCUGUGAAAGCUACGCUGAAACGGUGAUAGAAGUGAACUGGGAUGCAGGGGAGGCCGGGCAUAACUUGCUUCCAAGCUACAUGAACUGCAUAAAAUCCACAGGAAAAGCGAGUUCCAAACGAUGCGGUCAUUCCAAACAUUCAGAUCAAACAGGGACGGAUAGGAAAGGUGCCCACAAGGGACAUGCAAAAAACCAGAAACAAUAUGUUUGACGGUAGCUCGGUGUACUUUUUUUUUCCUCUGGUUUUUGACGUUUCUGCACGUGACACUUAACAAACAGGAGUGCACAGUUUGAAGGAAAGCAGCAUAACAACCACUGCACUGUGAACUCCAUGUCUCAGAGGCAGACAUUUGCAGGGUUUUUUUUUUUUUUUUGAUAAACAAAUCUAUUCAAAAUGAAGCAUUUUGAGAACACUCCCACAGGCGAAAUAAAAAUGUGACUCCUCAAUGAGAUUUAAGUCAUAAGAUGCCUUCCUGCUAAGUUUAAUAGCAAAGUGAUGUGGAAAAAAAACAAGCCGAAGGGUCUGGCAAAGGGAGCCACUAAGUGUUUGUGCAAGGAAAUUUAGAUUUAAACGUACUCUUCUGAGAUUUGCACUGAAACCCCCAGAGUCUUCUGGAUCUUUGCUCCCUCCUAAUGGAUCUGUGCUCUCUGUGGAAUGCACUGGUCUCUGGACCCCGCUUCGGCUCCCAGAAGGAUAAUUGCGGCGUGGAUGAAGGCACGCAUGCAUGCACGCACACAAUAUGCUCGCCUCCUUUCGCCCAGCGAGUUCCGGUCAAUCAAAUGUUGGAAGACGUGGCCUUGGAAGGCGAGGGGCGGGAUGUGGGGAGUGGGAAGGGAAGCCAAAAGUUUGGGAUUUGUGGGAUGGAGCAACCAUAACAUUUGAGCUAUAAAGAGCCUGGAGGAGGUGACCGCGCUGCGUGCAACAGCAUUAAUGUGAACCUACAGCUGGGAACUUCAAGAAGCAAUAGCUGCAGAGCCGAACAAAAAUACACCUCUUUGCAGUUUGUUGUUUAGCAACCACAAACAUCAGUGUUGUUUUGAGUACCCUGUAGUGAAACAAGGUGGUGGUAGUGCCAUGCUCGUGGAGAUCUUUUUCAAUGUCCUACAGGGUUUUCUCCAGGAUUUCAAUGUGUUUCGCACCAUCUUUUUGUCAGAAGAGCACUCCCACAGCAUAAGGCUGCCAACACCGUGUUUCAAAAUGUGGUGCUGUGUUCAGGGUUAUAAAACCCACACGUCUGUUUUUGUUAACAUCACUUUUAUGCAUUCUCAUUUAAUCCCAAUAAAAUACAGUGAAGUUUGAGGCUGCAGAGCAGUACAAUGCCAACAAGGUGUUUUUUUUGUUUUGUUUUUUUCUGUAGUUGGACCUCAGAACCAGUAAUUGCCCAUUGAAUGGACAAAAAGUGGUACAGAAAUGUACAAGUUCAAUGAAAGGGAGUGGUUGAAUAUUUGGACAAAAUGUAUUUAAAUAAAUGUAAUUUUUAUGGUGUUGUAAAGCAAUCCCGGUCAUAAUAUUUAUUACUGUUUGAAAAAAAAUUUUAUUUAUCAUUUUUGAUGUCAGCUCAUAAUAAAGUCCAAGGGACACAAUUUUGUACCAUUCAUUCA